CCCUUUAUCACUGGCGAGGGAUUUCAGCUUGCUCCCACAAGCACACCCAGGCGCUCUUCAUCCAGUUUGAAAAAGCAACUUCUCCCAGGUGACAUUUUGCAAACACGUUGGAGCCUCAAGAAUCAUGGCCCCGCUCAAGCCGCACUGGACACAGCCGUCCCACCCUGACUUGCUGCAAGUCAUCGUCAGUGAGGCCGAGUUUACCUCGAAAAGCGUAUCUACCACCGCUGCCGCUCCCUUCGCCGUCCUUGCGAAGCUGUCCUUCCCUCCCUGCACCCUAGCCAAAUCGCCGGCCUACUCCACUGUCCAGAUUGGACGAAACAGGCACCUCGAACUCAACAGCGAUCUGCUCUAUCUCAACCACUCCUGCGAGCCUUCUCUGAUUAUCGACACAGCCAACAUGAAUGUCCUGGCUGGGCCCAAAGGGCUAGAACCCGGAGAUGAACUGACUUUCUUCUAUCCCUCCACGGAAUGGGACAUGGCGCAGCCGUUCCAUUGCGUCUGCGGGUCCGCCGCUUGCCGCGGCAAGAUCGCCGGCGCCAAGGACAUGACAGCGAAACAGCUCGAGGGUCUGUGGCUCAACGGCCACAUCCGAGAGCUCAAGGACCAGCAGCAGGUGAGGAAGGAGGUCAGUCCAGGGGAGCAUGCAAUGGGAGAACAUGGAUCCCCCGAGAACUUCGCCCACGCCAAGAUCGACGGAGCCGACGGGGACCCGACCGUGCGAGCGCUCCGGGACGCCUUGGGUCAUGCUGAGAAGGUUGUCGAGGCAGCCCGUGCGGCUCUGUUGGGCUACAUCGGUGCAGCAGCGCGCCGCGGGCCAACCUCUCGCGAGCUCAGCGGCGAGAUGGGUGGAGACACGGUGGUGGUUUAGUUUGGGCUGGAUGGAUAAGUUGCGGCGAGAGGGGCUCAUACAGGACAAAUAGUAUAAAUACAUUAGUUAAAGCUUAAA